CGGCCAACGUGGUGUUGCUCUUUCCUGAGUCUUGGGCAGAAAAUCCACCAUAAUGUCGGCCAGAUUCUUAGCCCCAGUGAUCCAAGACAACCCAAAUGGCUGGGGACCUUGUGAUAUACCGGAACAGUUUAAGGAUAUGCCCUACCAACCUUUCUCUAAGGGUGACAGACUAGGAAAGGUUUCUGAUUGGACAGGUGCUACAUACCAGGAUCGUCGAUAUGCCAUCAAGUAUCAGUCAACAUUUGGAAGCAUGCAACAGUAUGCAUACUACCAUGAAGAGGAUGAGUCCACCUUCCAGCACGUGUACAAGACAAACGUGCCAAAGCCGCUGUACCAGCGUGGCCGUUACAUGCGCAACCAACGUAACCUGAAAAAUCAGCGCAACCAGAAGGGCCAGCAAAUGCAAGUCCUUGGCAAGGGCAAUAAGAGAGAUUUUGGAUUCCAGAACAACAAAAACUGGCAGAAGCAGCAGUAUCAGCGUAACCGUUGGAAUCGUGGCGGACAUCCUCCAAUCAAAAACCGCGAUGCCUCGGUUACUGUCCGUCCUGAAUGGAAAGUCAUUGAAGAGAUGGACUUCCCUCGAUUGUCGAAGCUCUCACUGCCCAACGUUGAAGAUCCCAAAGAUUUGUAUCUGUGUGGUUCUCUUGAGUAUUACGACAAGGCUUUUGAUCGAGUUACUGUCAAGAACGAGAAGAAGUUGGCUCGCAUCAACCGCAUCUUCCACAAGGUCACCACCACCGACGAUCCAGUUAUCCGUACGUUGACCAAGGCUGAAGAUAGUAGUAACGUGUAUGCUACUGACGCCAUCCUGUCGACCAUUAUGUGCUGCACUCGCUCCAGUAACUCCUGGGAUGUGGUGGUGCAGAAGAUUGCUGGCAAGCUCUUCUUUGAUAAGAGAGAUGACUCUGAAUUUGAUUUGUUAACUGUGAGUGAAACUUCAAGUGAACCGCCCCAAGAAGAAGGAAAUUCACUGAAUUCCCCAAGAAACCUUUCCUUGGAGGCCACUUUUAUCAACCACAAUUUCUCUCAACAAGUUCUGCGUAAUGAUGGAAAUCGAUACAAGUUUGAACAUGAUAACCCAUUCCUGGAUGAAGAUGAAGAGGAUGAGGUGGCCCCCGUUGGCUACCGGUAUCGCAAGUGGUGUUUAGGCAAUGACAUAAACCUGGUGGCCCGUACUGAGCAUGACUCCGUACAAGCUGCUCCCAACAAUGAAAUCCAGUUCAUUAACAUCAAGGCUCUGAAUGAGUGGGACUCUAAGCACUCUGGUGGUGUUGAUUGGCGUCAAAAGCUUGACACACAGCGUGGUGCUGUACUGGCUAAUGAACUCAAGAAUAAUGCUUGUAAACUUGCUAAGUGGACGGUCCAAGCCAUUUUGGCAGGUUCAGAUCAGAUUAAGUUUGGAUAUGUAUCUCGUGUUAAUGUUCGGGACUCGACAAAACACAUGGUUUUAGGCACCCAACAGUUUAGGCCUAUGGAGUUUGCCAACCAGAUCAACUUGAGUAUGGACAAUGCAUGGGGCAUCCUGCGUUGUAUUAUUGACAUCUGCAUGAAGUUGCCUGAUGGGAAAUACCUCAUCAUGAAGGACCCGAACAAGGCUAUGAUUCGUUUGUACGACAUCCCAGAUAACACCUUUGAGUCAGACGAGGAGGACAAUGAGAAGCAACCUGAUGGAGAGGGUUGGCAACACAGGGCCUAGGAAGAGUCCAGAAGGCUCGUGAAGUGGCGUGUGGGUGACACAAUAGUACGAGGUGAUGACUGAGGGAGGAAAGGACAAAGCCCUCAAUAUUUCUCAAUGGUUGGUUCUCAACUACUGUGCACUGGGCAACAUUUCACACCCUGAGGUCAUCAACAAUUUACUCUCUCAUUUUUGGUACAUUGUUCUCUUUCAUAUAACUAAAACUAUGACGGUGCCCAUCCAGAAAUAUGUUUUGACUCAUUUUUUUUGUAAGAUGGUUUCAAGGAUGCUAAUUAAAAUACUGUAGACAAAGAA